AUGGUAAAAGUGGGACGGAGGGACGGAGCAAAGGGUAUGCUAUCGACGCGCGGUCACACGACGCUCGUAUGCGGUAUACCAGCAAGGCUGGUCGAAGGGAGUGGAUGGGCCGCCAAGCGCACAGCGAGAGUAAUCAAAGAAGGCGAUGGACAGAAUCCUCAUACCCGCUUGCGCCGGGUCUGCGGACGGGAGAUGGGCCUUGGUAGGCGUGAAGAGCCUCGCGUGGUCGUCUGCAUCGUGAAUGUAGGAGGUGGUUCGCAGCACGUGCCCUGCCCGUCGCAAGGCAAGGCGAUUUCCGCCGUGUGCACUACUACCGUAUUUGAGCGCGAGCGCCGGACGAGAACGAUGGGCGUGGGCUUCCUUGCGAAGCCUAUAUGCGGCGGCGGCACAGCGAACGAGCGUGCGGUGAGCCUGUCAUCUUUGGUUGAGAAGAGGAUGAGGGCGCACGCAAAAGCCCACUUCACCCCUCGCCUGCGCUCGGGGGAUUAA